AUGUUCACUGAACACAGCCUAAGUGACGCCACUCAACACAACCUCAAGAUCCUGGUCGUCUAUGGUGCAGAUGGAGAGGAUUCUGUAUUCAUCCUUCAUGUAUUCAUCCUUCUUGAAGGUAGAUGGACAGGCCGGGGACUGGCCUGCGCCGCCGGGAUGCUCGCGCUCACCACCGCGGGAUACUGCGCGUAUCGCUGGCUGAAGAGGAGCAGCGAUCUUCAAGCUGCUGAAGAUCAAGCUGCUCACGGAUCUAGUGUUGAUGUUGUGGAGGAAGCAGAGACCACCGAGGUCACUGAUCCAAGCGUCCUGCUCCUUUGCACUGAACACGAUCCUCAGAUGUCAGCUGAUGCCCUGGUCUCUGAGAUAAAUAUCCAGCUCCAGCGCACCAGCCUUGACCCGGAGAAGUCCGCUGUCAUUCUGUUAUUAACAGAAAUGAUGGCCACAAUGGACGAGGAAAUGCAGAGCAACCCUGUUGUUCAUAUGCCCCAUCACGAGAGAGAAAGCAGCCUCUUACAAGGUGAUGACACCUACCUGCCUGAUGGGGAGAACAUCUGUUUUCCUGGCCCGCUGAUGAGAAGUAAGAUCCAGAUGGAUGACGUGCUGCGUUUCAUCAAGAGGAAGUCCGAGGAGUGCCUACAAAAGGUGGAGGAACCUGACCAGAAGGAGGCCUAUUUCUUCUGGCAGAUGAUGGAGCUGCGUUGCAGCAAAAAUGGAAAAGCACCGCUGGCAGACAUCGCCACUGUCCUUUUCAAGAGCUACAGGCUUCUGAAGAAAAGGGGAGAAGUUAACAACCAAGACAGCUGGUGUCUUCAGCUGGCGGAACUUUUGUGCUCUGCCGACCCAGAUGAUGAGAUUUUGGAUGCCUUGACUCAAAUGGGAGAGGACCUUGACUCCAGAGGACUGUGGUAUGCUGCACAGCUGUGCUUCAUCGCUGCAAUGGAGGAGCUGCAGAUUUUACAGAGCCCCAGCUUUGAGCUUAUUGGCUGUAACAGUCUGCCAAUCAGCCAAUCAGCCAUGAGGGAAGCAAUCCAACGUUCUGAGGUGUAUGAAUAUGUAUGCUCCCUGACCACAGGGCUUCCCCAGCCAAAUUUCCAGAUCUUCAAGUGCUAUCACGCCAGCAAGCUAACAGAGUUUGGCCUUUUCGACCAAGCCUUGGAGUACUGUGAGACCAUUGCUACAGCAAUUGCUAGAUUUCCACUAUUAAUCACGAAGACCACGAUGGAAAUGACCAUUGCGCUGUCUGAGAAGCUACAGCAAGGAAAGGGAGAAGAACCAGAAUGGCUCCUAAACCUUCGUCAACUGUACGCCGACGAAGAGUUUAAGCUGAGGAACUCCGAAUGUGGCCUUAUGACUAGCGAGAUGUUCACUCUCCAGCGUCCACGUCGGGAAGGCCACAUUACACCAUGGGAGGUGUUUGAGUCCCUGUACACUCCGGGAGAGCUGCUGGGUGAAGGAGGCUUCGGGAGUGUCUGUGCAGGAGUCCGAAAGGCUGAUGGAAAACAGGUUGCCAUUAAAUAUGUGGGAAUGGAGAUGAACGAAGCUUUCAUCACCAUUCCUGGAGAGACACACAGCCUUCCUCUGGAGGUUGCAUUAAUGCAAAUGGUGUCCAAGCCCUGUCACCAUGAGAAUGUCUUACAGCUGAUCGAGUGGUUCGAGAUGUCCGACUGUUACAUCUUGAUCUUGGAGCGACCCAGCCCCUGCACAGACCUCCUAAAAUUCCUGAAAGGUCACAAAGGCCGACUGUCAGAACCACUGGCACAACGCAUCAUGCGUCAGGUGGUUCAGGCCGCUCACCACUGCUCUGACUGUGGUGUCCUGCACCGGGACAUCAAGCCAGAGAAUAUACUCAUCAACACCGACACACUGCAGCUGAAGCUGAUAGACUUUGGCUGUGGUGAUUUGCUGCAGGACAUCCCCUACAGAUAUUAUGCAGGAACUACAGCUUACUCCCCACCUGAGUGGUUAUGUGAGGGCGAGUAUUUAGGUGUUCCUGCUACCGUCUGGAGUCUGGGAGUUCUACUGUUCGAGAUGAUGUGUGGAGACCUGCCCUUCCAGUGCGAAGACGACAUCAUUGCCCGGGACUUGCACUUCGCUCACGACCUGUCUGAAGGUUGCCGUGACCUGAUCCUGUGUUGUCUGGCGCUAUAUCCUCACUCGCGCCCAACGUUCGAGGAAAUCCUCAGCCACAGAUGGUUUGAGGAACCUCAGAAGAAUGUUUAGCCAUUUGGAUGUCCACUGUGGUGUUACGCCUCGUGAAGGAGCAUGUCCAGGAGAUGCUGAAGGCCAUGAAGGGAGUCUGAGCAACACUCUUCUAACACACACACACACACACACACACACACACACCUCUCUGUCUCAGCCAAGUUAGAGUGAUCAGGACAUUUUAGGAAAUCUGUUGUUGGCUAUUCAGUGGUCAUUAGAAUAUAAAACUAAGAUUAAACUCUGCACUUUUGCCCAUUCAUUUGUAGAACUGCUUUUGCUCUCCAUUUUGUUUAAUGAUAGAUUACUUGUAACUAAUUUAUAAGAUUAAGCAACGCCCAAAAUUUGAAUAAAGUAUUUGAAUAAAUGUCCUGGUCAUACUUUAAACACAUCUCUUUUCUUUCCCUUUCUUUCUCUCUCCACUUGCUCAAGAUCUCCACAGGUAAGUAAAUACUUAUUACUGUCUUUUAUUUUCUGCAGAUUUAAACCUGUCUUUUCUUCUCUCCCUGAGCAGCUGUACACAACAUCGCUGGCCUCUAACAUCAACACCUGUUAGUGCUCUCUGACCAACGGACGACAUCAACAUCUGCAGCUCCGCCAUGUUUAGUUUAACUUUUUAUUAUAUAGAUUACUUAUUAAGACAUUUAUCUUUA